AUGGACGAUGUAGCUAUUCCCGAAAUAUCAUUAGCUACCCUUGCCAGCUGGUUGAGCCCCGGUAAUGCCAUGGACACUUCACCUACAGCCAACUUAUACCCAGCGACUGAAGAAUCUACAUCGCUAGCGGCUAUCCCCGCCAGUUCUUUGGGCACUACACCCGCGCCCAGUGAGUACCCAACUACUAGGGAACCGACUCAUGAAAUAGCGAUCAUACCCACUAGCUUGGACACAGCUCGCCAACAGAUCGCUGAUAUUUUACAAUCUGGACAUGCGCCGUUUCGAAUGAGCUACUUGCAGUACCUCCCUAAUCGUCUAGCCAACAGCGAUUGUCUACGCGACUGUGUCAACUAUUUCUGGGUACAAUGGCAAAAUUUUCUCGAGCGUGGUAAACAUCAGAACAACGAGGUCGCCCAACCAAUCGGCCAAAUUCUGGCCGCAUUGAAAGGCGAGUCGGACGCAGCCACACUUGAGACACUUGCAUCUGUUGCAUUACUCGAGCGCGCUUCAACCCUAUUUUCCAACGGAAUAAAUUUCCUCUGGUUUGAACCGCAUCUACAGGCGUUGAGGUUGGUAGUCCUUGCAAGGGGAAAAACUAAUGCAGAUGAUAAAUUGGAUGUUGCCCUGACUCAGGAGAUUCGCUGGGUGUUUACAUUUCACUGGGCUACCCAAGGCUUUCGCGACAAAGUAAAUCAAAUACCAUUCAUGAGACUAAUCAACCGCAUGGCAGACACACAGGACCAUCAUUGGGUUGAUGAAAACAUUGAAGAGUUUGCUUUGCCAGCAAUGCGGUGCAUAGCUUCCUGCUUCGAUGCGUGGCCGACCUGGAACGCUACCAUUAGGGAGAGUUCGACAGACGCUGAAUUUAUUAAAAUGCUAUACGAAGCAGAGUCGCGUCUACGAGUGCACAGUCACUAUCUGAAUGAGAUCGCCCGAAAAUCAAGGACCGAAGAACCAACAGAUGAGCCGGUCCUCGAGUUCCAGUAUAACUUUUCGGAUCCCGGGAUAUUCAAAGUAUUCCGAGAACUCUUAACCAUCAGGUUAAUUCUUCUAAGAAUAAUCAACGACUUAGAACAACCUGGAGCCAAGUAUGAAGAGAACCUUCCCAUAUACCGCGAGGUCAGCAUACAAGUCUGGAGGAUGGGUCCCUACGUGCGAUCAUUAGGCUCACCUGCUGCCAUGUCUUUCAUGGAAGCAUUCCAGCUUUCUUGGAAUGCCGCAGUCAACGAUAAAGAAAGAUGUUACAUCAAGGAUAUGGUCUGUUUCAUGAGAAACAUGAGGAAUAGCUGGGAUUCUGAUCAGAGGAUUGAAGAUGAGAUUAAAGACGCUGGAAGCUUGAUGACAGGCCAGGAGACAGAGCGAAUCAAGCAAAAACGAGGUUCUCUUAUUUUUCAUCCUAUCUAUUAG